AUGGUCAACCCAGGAACAAAAUCUCUUUUGGAGCAUGGUAUUCCAGAUACAACAACCAGAUUCCUCUCUAGUAUUGUUAGACCACCCGUCACCGCUCAGAGUUUUGAGUUGAAACCCCAAUUCAUACAGUUCAUCUCCAAUGAUUCUUUUGCGGGUUCACCGAAUGAUUGCCCUGUGACUCACAUUGAUAAUUUUUUGGAGAAGUGUGACACUAUGAAGCUCAAUGGUGUUACUGAUGAUGCUAUUAGACUACUCCUUUUCCCUUUUUCUCAACGUGAUAGAGCAAGGGAGUGGUUACGAGAUGAAGGUGUCGGUUCCUUUGAUACGUGGGACAAGCUUUCCAAGGCCUUCUUAGUCAAAUUCUUGGGGCAAGAGAAAACUGCGAAAUUAAGGAACGAGCUAUCCACCUUCCAUCAAUCCGAUGAUGAGUCUUUAUAUGAGGCAUGGAGAAGGUUUAAGCGAUUGCAGAGGCAAUGCCCUCAUCAUGGCAUUCCAGAGUGGAUGUUGAUCCAAACGUUCUAUAAUGGUUUGACCCAUGAGUUUCUCAUAUACAUUGAUGCUGCGUCCGGAGGUUCUAUCAUGACUAAGAACCCAACUGAUGCAAAGGAUCUAAUUGAGAAGAUGGCGGCUAAUGAUAAUUACCAUCCAAGGGGACGAAAUGCUAUCAACAUAGGUAAUAAACAUGAUGUUGAUGCUCUAACCUUGUUGACUAAUUAUGUGCAGGCACUAACUCAUAAAGUCAAUCAACUCCAAGCUGAGUCCCCUCGACCCUCGAUGGAAACUUGUCAGAUGUGUGGAUUACAAGGUCAUACUGCGCAGGAGUGUCAACCCAAUUAUGAUGGAAUGACAAUUGAGCAAGCUAAUGAUUUUUAUACUACGACCUCCACAAGGCCAUUUUAUGAAGGGUGGAGAAAUCAUCAAGGUUUCUCAUAUAUAAACAAUCAGGCUCAAGUGAAUCCUCCACCACCACCCAUUUUUCAAGCAAGGGCACCUAUUAAUCAUCAAUCCAUUGCACCAACCACUACCUCAAUCUUCAAAUCUUAA